GUUUACGAUGCUCUGCGUACUGGAGAUCCACAUGCCGUGAUGAGGUCCUUGAUGAACAUUGUUCAGCUAGAAAGCCACGGAUAUCCUUCCGCCAUUCUCGUCUCAGCUCCACCUCCAACAUUCUCUGAGAUUCUGCGUUGUAUUGAUCCGAAGCAUUUCCUCGAUCCUUACGCAGCGGUCUUUGGUGAAAUCAGUUCGGUCUCGACACAUUUGCUGGGAGGUCAAAAUAUCUUGGGAAACGAAGAUUACUACGAAUUCUGUUCGGCAUUUCUUACCCAAGCAGGUCAUGUCAUGAAUGCUCGCCGACAGCGAUGGCCACUAUCUAUAUCGGACUACAAGUAUCUCUUGAAAUGUGCAAAGGCGGUCGGCCACGCUAAGGCAGCCGAGAGUAUAUGGGAAACUAUGAUCAGUCCGCCCAAAGAACAUGAGGGAGCAGCUGUGGUUCCGGACGCUGAAGCUUUCAAUCACUUUUUGGCAGUCAAGUGCUGGCAAGAUAAAAUAAACCCGAAGCACAGAUACAGACUUCGAGUGAUUGAAGAGAACUUCACUCCUCGAUCCUGGCUCAUUCCUCCUCACACUCUGAGUUCCCAUCGCAUCGGAGUAGUUUCAGGUAUCAAAUCACAAGCCUCUCGCUUGUUCCGACAAAUGGUUGACCUAGGAGUUACUGGCAACGAGGAGACCUUUUGUCUUAUGAUCAUUGCACUUGGUCGAGAAAGGGACUUGAAUGGCAUUGCAUCAAUACUCAGUCGAGUCUGGAACAUUGAUGUGGAUGCCGUUAUGACAAAGGAGGAUUCUGAGAUUUCACCACCCACACCAUACGGCCCACGAUCUCCGUUCUUCCCUUCAACUCAUUUACUCUACUCUAUUGCUCAUGCUUAUGGCAGCAACAACGACAUCUCGACCGCUUUACGUCUCCUAGACCAUGUUUCGCGGCAUUAUUCAAUCCCCAUUCCGCUGAAUGUAUGGAAUGAGCUCUUGCAAUGGACAUUCGUAGUAUCCGCAAAGAAGCGACUUGUCCGAAAGAAAGCUGGUCUUGAGAAACCAACUGGAAGAGAAAUUGGUCAAUUGCCCCCUGAAGCAGUGUCCAAUCUUUGGCAAACGAUGACAUUAGAGCCUUACAAUGUGAAGCCUAUAAUCCAGAUGUACAAUCGGCUCAUGUCGAAUCUCAUGUACCGGCAGCGAUUUGGCGAGAUGCAACGGCGCAUGGAAGAAGCUCGGAAAGUGCUGAAAGACGAAGUCCGCAUUUUGGGGAGGAAAGAGGCUGCAUACAUUUCUGUGCUUGGACGGGGAAAGGAAUCUUUGAUCGAAGCAAGAGCACGGGAAUUGAUAUAUGCCCGAUUCCGAGUCUGGCGUAACAGACAAUACGUGAAAAGAUGGGUACGAAUAUUGCUUGCAGGUGGGAAUAGAUCCCUGUGGCACAAUGACCACUGGUCGGCACAAAAUGUUCCAAAUAUCUUACAUGAUUGGGCUCUGUUCUUGCCGAAGAGAGUCAAGUACAGGACUCCAACUGGCAUUGUUUCGACCUGGACUGGAACUGAGAAAUUGAAGAAGUGGAGAGCGGGAAUGUUAGCGAGGCGAGCUAGACGGGAAGCAAAGCUAAUUGCCAGA